AGCCGCUCAACUUGUUGAAUUUUUCAGAUGAAUAUGUGCUGUUUCAGAUUACAGAUUCAUGCACUCGUCCAGCCGGUGGUUCGUGUACUAGAUUUAAUUAUUACUUCAAACGUUAACAUUGUUGCAUCUCAUUCUGUUAUUAACAUGGAUGACAUUUCCGAUCAUUCUUUAGUUGAAUGUAAUACGAUUUUCGUUUCUGAUAGGUUCGUUCCUAUUUUAAGAACAUACCGGGACUGGUCUAAAUUUGAUUACGAUGAUUUUGUUAAUGACCUACUGCAGAUAAACUGGCAAGCAAUUUAUCGUAUGCAAAAUAUUGAUGACAUUAUUUCAUUUUGGGAUAUUAAUAUCUCUAACGCCUUUGAUUGGCAUGCUCCGUAUAAAACUGCUAGAAUCACUAAGAGAACAGCUCCCUGGUGAACAGACAACUUAAAAUUGAUGAAACAGCUUAAGGAAAAAGCUUUUUUAAGGUGUAAGAGGUACAAGACUCAGGAGACGCUGCAAUAUUAUAAGAAUUUAAGAAAUUUUCUCAACUUCUCAAUACAGUCUGAAAAGAAAGCAUUUUUACAGUCAAAAUAAAAAUUAUCUUCUAAGGAAUUUUGGAAAGCUAUGGACUAUCUCAAUAUCCCAAACAGUCCCUCUGACAUUAAUGGUCUGCAGUACGACCUAGAUGAACUUAACAACUUUUUCAUUGAUGGCGCUCCUUCCAGUGGUAUCUCAUCUGGCGUUGAUGCAAGCUAAUAUGUAUCUGACGGUAAUAUUAACAAUAAAUUUUCAAUCCGUUUAGUGAGCACUGAAGAUAUCAAACGCGUAUUAAUAUUAAUGAAAUCUAAUUCAACUGGUACUGACAACAUUGACCACAAGAUGAUUCAACUAGUUUUUCCUUAUCUAGGUAUCAUAAUUACUUAUAUUGUCAAUUUGUGCCUUGCUAACAACACUUUCCCGUCCAGCUGGGAAUACUCUAAAGUUAUCCCUACCCCAAAGAUUGGUAAUCGGAAAGAAUUUUCUCAUUUUCGCCCUAUAAGUAUUCUGCCUACCGUUUCGAAAAUAUUGAAAAAAAAUCGUAGCUUUCCAAUUAAAAACAUUUAUUACAUCUAAUAAUAUACUUCCUACCACACAAUCGGGCUUUCACUCUGGCCAUAGUACUACAACCGCUCUUGCAACCGUUACAGAUGACUUAUUCAGAGCAUGUGAAAAUAAGAUGUAUUGUAGCUUGAUUUUUCUCGAUUUCAGUAAAUCGCUUGAUACAAUAGAUCAUUCAAUCUUAUGUUCGAAACUUGAAUCUCUGGGACUAAGCAAUAUGGCUGCAGAUUUCUUUAAAAGCUGCCUAGACAAACGUUCUAUUCAAAAAAUUCAGAACUCAUGCAUUAAAUUUUCGUACGGUUUGAAAAAAUAUGACCACUUCAGUGACGAAUUUCGAGCCUCUGGCUGGGAACACCUCCACCAAGAUUUGCGGAUAUGGAUUUUUCAGUAUAUCUUCGUGUUCAAGAAUCGUAGAAUGUAA